AUCAGUGCUCUGCAGUGCCACCCAGCAGUGCCCCCCACCAGUGCCACCCAUCAGUGCCCAGCAGUGCCACCCAUCAGUGCCCCCAUCAGUGCAACCCAGCAGUGCCACCUAGCAGUGCCGCCUAACAGUGCCAGCAGUGCCACCAGUCAGUGCUGCCAUCAGCACUGCCCAUCAGUGUCACGCAUCAGUGCCACCUAUCAGUUCCGCCGGUCAGUGCCGCAUCAUCAGUGCCGCCUCAUCAGUGUAGCCUAUCAGUGCCCAGCAGUGCUACCUAUCCAUGCCACCUCAUCAGUGCCCAUCAGUGCUGCCUAU